AUGUCCGCAGCCGCCCCGAGGGUCGGCUUCCUGGGUCUCGGCAUCAUGGGCGCGCAGAUGGCGUCCCGGCUGGUGGGCACCGGGCAAAACGUGAUGGUCUACAACCGCAGCGUAGCCAAGGCUGAGCCCCUGCGCCAGCUCGGCGCCGCCGUGGCGUCUACCCCGGCCGAGGUCACGUCCACCUGUGACCUCGUCUUCGCGAUGCUCGCGGAUCCCAAGGCUGCCAAGGCGGUCGCCAUGGACGGCCCGGACAGCGCGGUCGCCGGCAUCGCGGCCAGACCCGCCUCCGCCAAGCCGGUGACCUACGUGGACUGCUCCACCGUGGACGCCGCCACGGGCGAGCAGGUGGGCAACGCCAUCACCGCAGCGGCUCCCCGCACGGGUUUCCUCGCCGCCCCGGUAUCCGGCGGGUGGAGAGACGCGAGAGACGGAACCCUCCUGUUCCUCUGCGGCGGCCAUCAGACCGCUUACGAAGCCGCCGUCCCGGGGCUCGACGCGAUGGGGAGCAGGCGCUGGCUCCUCGGUUCGACCCCCGGGGACGCGGCGAGGGCCAAGCUGAUGCUCCAGGUGAUGAUGGGGAACAUCGUGGGGUCAUUAGCCGAGAUGAUGGCGCUGUCCAAGGCGGCGGGGCUCGACGAGGCGGCGAUCCUCGAGGUUCUCGGCGAGUCCGCGAUGGCGAACCCGCUGUGCAAGGCGAAGGGCGAACUCAUGCGCAAGAACGACUACAAGCCCAACUUCCAGGUGUACCUCCAGCAGAAGGACCUGAGGCUGGCGCUGCAGCUGGCGGACGACCUGGGCGUCCCCGCCCCGAUCAGCGCCGCGUCGAACGGCCAGUACAUCCGAGCGAGGCAGAUGGGGUUCGCGGAUAAGGAUUUCGCCGCGGUUCGCGCCGCUUACGAGGCGGAGGUGAUGAGCGAGCCCGAGACUGAGGACGCCUGA